ACUGACAUUGACAAGACAGGCGAGUUCGUUCACCAUACAUAUGGGGGCUGACAAGGCCCAUGUGUCCCAUACAUAUGGGCUGACAAGGCCCAUGUGUCAGUCAGUCUAUCGAACAAGGAAGGCAUGGCUCAAGUCAAUUGAGUGUAAUUGGUCAUCUGCACAGGCAUGGCAUGCACAGUGAUGUAUGUCUCAAUGGACGCAUACAUACAUGUGAAAAAGAGGCAAGCAUGGCAGGCGGCAGACAGCAACAACGGCACUCCACACCCCAGCAUACCUAGCAUGCAUUGAGAUGAGGAGAACCGAAAGCCUAUCUCUCAGCAAGGGACCUACAGCUAUAUAAUGGUAUGAUAAUUAUGAUACACAGACACGCGCCGGCCGAAUCAGCAACCGGAGAUACGCAUCAGUCAGUAGUCAGUCAUAUAUCUCACACAUGGAUGGAUGGAACGGAGACAGGAGAUGGAUGGCCAGACAGACCGCCGUGUGUGGUGCCAGCGGGUGCGGUGGGUGAAGUGGGGGUCUGUCGGCUCGACCUCGCCCCCAAUGUAUGUAUGUAUGUAUGCAGUGGGUGUGAAAUCGCCCGUCUGUCUGCCCGCCGUACUCAAACACACACACACAUGAACGAAGACCCUCUCUCUCCCCCAUCAUAUAUGCCAUCCCUCUCUCUUGUGUACACGUGAGAAGCCAAUUGUAAUAACCUAGUCCCGACCGUCCUUCUCAGGCUGCAGCUCCUUGUCCUCCCUUGGCUCUUCGUACUCGGUGUGGACCCACCCGGUUUCUCGGAACUCUCUCUGCACACUGAGAAAGGGACGCAGAGGGUUGUGAGGUCUGUGCCAUGUCUCUCCUGUGAGUGUGUGUCUUGAGGUCUUACGUGAGCUCCCCCUCGUCAAACUUGACGGGCUGGGCGCAGCCGAAGAAGAUGCAGCAGAAACACGACCAGUUCCAGCAGGUGCCAGCAGCAGUGGGCUUCACCAUGAUGGAUGGACCUGAUCGAUCAGCCAACCAAUGAUUGGGACGGAGGAGACACAGGAGACAGCGUGUGGGCACACAGAGAGGAGGAGGGCAUGAGGAUGCGCUUACCGUUGACAAACAGAGGAUGAAAGGACGCCGAAGCAAUCAGGUGUCUCAAGAGAGAAACAAAGGGAAACCUGGAAUGCCAGAGCAACAGACACGACCUCCGUGUGAGAGCAACAAAUGGCUGCUUGACGCCGUGUGGUCUACUUGAAGCAGCAAAGGUAGGUUGCCACUUGAGUCAGCAAGGGUAUUCCUCAAUGUGUCCCGAAAUGAAGCAGCAAAGGCAGCAAAGGGAGAUGUCUACGUCAAUUGGCAAAGAUCUCGCUGGAUGGACAGCACCACACACGACCCACGGAAUGGAAGGAAGAGACAGAGAUGUGCCGUCUCUCUCCGAUUCUGCCCACCUGAAGCAAGGGGGUUGCCCGUACAAGCGGAAGAGAAGCUUCGUGAGAGAAGCAAGCCUCUCUUGAACCCAACGACUAGAGAAAGAGGAAAGUCCCGAUCUGUGCACAUGAUUAGAGGACAAAAGAAGCAUGAGCCCGCGCGCCAUCUCUGUGUCCGUCCCGACGUCGCCUACUUGAGCCUCUUGAACACAGACCUCAAUGAGGUGCCUGCGAAGCCCGAAGAGAGCCGACGCGUGUGACUUGAUAGAGUAAGACAAACUCUGUUGACGUUGACCUGCGUCGUACAGCAGCAAAGCAGACAGGUAAGACAGAAUAUCAGGACAGGUUCGCUCCUCUGCUCUGCUCCCCCACGAGCAUUGCGCCCCUCCCCGCCUCCCACGCCUAUGUCCCACGCCAUGCCACUGAUCUACAACAGGCUACCCCUGUCCAACAGAGCUGAAAAGACUGAACCCCCCACUGUCGCUUCGAUGGCAAGAGGCCCCCCCCGCCCUCUUGCUGCCCUCAGACUGCAGCAUCAAUGGUAGCAUGUGGGUGAGCAGGAAGCGCUGCGCUAGCCCCAUCCCUUCCUGUCUGGGCUGGGCGGCAAUUGGCAGGGGGAGGGAGGGAAGGGCAACUAGGGAGGGGAGGGGCCAGUGGGGCGGGCAGGGGAGGGCAGGGAGAGAGGGACGUGCUUACCGAAUGGAGAAGCUUGUUGAAAGAGAGUUCAGGAGCUGGUGACCUCACAGAACCGCUAGAGGUUACUUCGAGAAAGGGAGACUUCGAGACGCCGCGCUGCCCUGCAAGCUGAUGGCUUGGCCCCCCCGUCUGCAUGCAACCUCGAAUGCUGUCCAAGCAUCCAUUUAUCGCUGCAUGCUGACCUGCAUCUUGCCUUCGUCCCAUACCAUACUCCCAUGUGAGUCUUCGGCGACGUCUCAUCCCGCUUCGCCUGUCUG